CACCGGGCGCGCCGCACACCUCCGAGCCGCGCCACUGCGCUCCUGCCCCGGCCGCGCACACUGCCCCUGCGGCGCGCACACCGCCACGUCUCCCCCGGGCGCGCGGUGCUGUGUGGCGGCGCGCGCGUCCGCUGGGGCCCAGGUCCGGCUGCCCCGGCACCGGCCCCGGCCCCUACUCCCCUCCGGCCGCUCUCGCCGCCGCCGCGUGGAUGCCAAGUACCAGCUUCCAAGUCCCUUCCAACUUUCCACUCGGCCCUGUGGCUGCAGCCUGUGGGAGCGGAGAAACUUCGGGGCUCGCGUCGACCGCCAGCAGCACCAUGAAGUCAGCGGAGGAAGAACACUACGGCUACGUGUCAUCCACCGUGGGCACCGGCUUGCCCCUCACUGCGGCUCACGGCUCAGUGUCAGCCCCGUGCCAUGACCUUCAGACGGCUGCCCCUGGCAUCUCGGCCGUUCCCUCAGGGAGUCACCCCUCGGGGUACGGAGGAACGGUGGACAGCGGGCCCCCAGGCUACUUUCUGUCUUCUGGCAGCGUCAGGCCCAACGGAGGCCUAGCCCUGGAGAGCCCACGGAUUGAAAUCACCUCAUACCUGGGCCUGCACCCUAACAGUGGCCAAUUUUUCCAUGACGUGGAGGUGGAGGACGUGAUGCCCAACUCCAAGCGACCCCCAUCCACGGCCACACUGAGCCUGCCCAACCUGGAGGCCUACCGCGACCCCUCGUGCCUGAGCCCGGCCAGCAGCCUGUCCUCCCGUAGCUGCAACUCAGAGGCCUCCUCCUACGAGUCCAACUACUCAUUCCCCUACGCGUCCCCCCAGACGUCGCCUUGGCAGUCCCCCUGCGUGUCCCCCAAGACUACAGACCCCGAGGAAGGCUUUCCACGGGGCCUGGGCGCCUGCAACCUGGGAUCCCCCAGGCACUCCCCCUGCACCUCACCCCGGGCCAGCGUCACUGAGGAGAGCUGGCUGGGAACACGGGGCUCCAGGCCCACCUCACCCUGCAACAAGCGCAAGUACAGCCUCAACGGCCGCCAGCCCUCCCGCUCCCCACAUCCUUCACCCACGCCGUCCCCGCAAGGCUCCCCGCGGGUCAGCGUGACCGACGACAGCUGGCUAGGCAACACCACCCAGUACACCAGCUCGGCCAUCGUGGCGGCCAUCAAUGCGCUGACCACGGACACCAGCCUGGACCUGGUGGAAGGCGUCCCUCUCAAGGCCCGCAAGACGGCCCUGGAGCCCUCCCCCUCACUUGCGCUCAAGGUGGAGCCGGCCGGGGAGGAGCUGGGUGGCACCCCCCCCACGUCUGACUUCCCGCCUGAAGAGUUUGCCUUCCAGCACGUCCAGAAGGGCGCCUUCUGCGACCAGUACCUGGCCGUGCCACAGCACCCUUACCAGUGGGCCAAGCCCAAGUCCCUGUCGCCUACAUCCUACAUGAGCCCGUCUCUGCCGGCCCUCGACUGGCAGCUGCCGUCUCACUCGGGCCCCUAUGAGCUUCGCAUCGAGGUGCAGCCCAAGUCCCACCACAGAGCCCACUACGAGACGGAGGGCAGCCGGGGGGCCGUGAAGGCGUCAGCAGGAGGACACCCCGUUGUGCAGCUGCACGGCUACUUGGAGAACGAACCGCUCACACUGCAGCUGUUCAUCGGGACGGCAGACGACCGCCUGCUGCGACCCCAUGCCUUCUACCAGGUCCACCGCAUUACAGGCAAGACCGUCUCCACCAGCAGCCAGGAGGCCGUACACUCCAACACCAAAGUCCUGGAGAUCCCGCUGCUGCCGGAGAACAACAUGCGUGCCGUCAUCGACUGUGCCGGGAUCUUGAAGCUGCGGAACUCUGACAUCGAGCUGCGGAAGGGAGAGACGGACAUUGGCAGGAAGAACACCAGGGUGAGGCUGGUGUUCCGCGUCCACAUCCCACAGCCCAGCGGCCGGACGCUGUCCCUGCAGGUCGCCUCGAACCCCAUUGAGUGUUCCCAGCGGUCGGCGCAGGAGCUGCCCCUGGUGGAGAAGCAGAGCCUGGACAGCUGCCCAGUCAUCGGCGGGAAGAAGAUGGUCCUGUCUGGCCAUAACUUUCUGCAGGACUCGAGGGUCAUCUUCGUGGAGAAAGCUCCAGAUGGCCACCAUGUCUGGGAGAUGGAAGCCAAAACUGACAGAGACCUGUGCCAGUCGAACUCUCUGGUGGUGGAGAUUCCGCCGUUCCGCAACCAGAGGAUCAGCAGCCCCGUGCAAGUCAGCUUCUACGUGUGCAACGGCAAGCGGAAGAGAAGCCAGCCGCAGCAGUUCACCUACCUUCCUGCCUCUGUUCCCAUUAUCAAAACAGAGCCGACGGACGACUAUGAGCCCGCUCUGAUAUGUGGACCAAUGAGCCAGGGGCUGAGCCCUCUCCCGAGGCCGUGCUAUAGCCAGCAGCUCGCCAUGCCACCUGAACCCGGCUCCUGCCUGCUGGCCGGCUUCCCUGCCUGUCCACAGAGAGGCUCCCUGAUCCCAGCGCCGCCCCACGCCAGCCCAAAGCUGCAUGACCUCUCGCCCACCACCUAUGCUGCCAAAAGCCUGAGCAGCCCUGGCCUCGGCCACCUGGGACUCCAGCAGCCGGCUAGAGAGGGGCCCUCCGUCCAGGAAGUGCCAGAACCCCUGGCUGUGCACCCUGGCCCGCCGGAGCAGCCAGCACCCAUCCUGCAGCCGCAGUAAAUGAAGUUAUAUGGAACGACCUCUCCAGCACCACCCGCCCCUAAUGUGCACGGCGGAGGUUAUACAGCAGUGGUGCUGGCUCCUGGGGACAGCCAAGCGCCAGUAGCCGUGACUCCAAGUAAAUCAAACACAUGGCUGGCGCCACUCAGGACUUGCAACUCACUGAAGGCAAGGAGACGAGUGUUUGUUAUUGGACAAAGAAGCAGUGGCCUGCUGAUUGGGAGGAAGGC